UUUUUGCCGAUCCAUUCACAUACUGGACCCCCGUAGUCUUCCUCCUCUUCUCUUAACAAGUAACUAACUUACGAACUAACUACCACAGUUUCAAUAUGAGUGAAAAGAAGGGAGCCAAGAUUUUCAAAACCAAGUGUUCGCAGUGCCACACUGUGGAAGAGGGUGGCUCGCACAAGCAAGGACCCAAUCUGUACGGUUUCUUCGGCCGACAGUCUGGACAAGCCGACGGAUACUCCUAUUCCGCUGCCAACAAGAAAUCCGGUAUUACCUGGGGGGAAGAUACGCUGUUUGAGUACUUGGAGAAUCCCAAAAAGUACAUCAAGGGCACCAAAAUGAUCUUUGCCGGACUCAAGAAGGAAAAGGACCGCAAGGACCUUAUUGCCUACCUCAAGUCCACUUGCACUGCUUAGAACAAUACGAUCUCUCUACAAUAACGUAAAUAACAAGUUUGGUUGUGCAGUUGAAA